GGCGUAGCUUUUGCUCUGUUGUUGCUUGCAGUCCUGAACUUUUAUUAGGACACUCUUUGAAGAGUUUUAGUACAAAUUUGGACGUACACUAUCGUUUAAUGAUGAUACCCAGACGUACCUGUGCUCAGAUCUUGGAGUUGUGAUAUAUGUUACAGUGACCUGAACAUACAUCCUACAAUGGUGCUUUUUCCAGAAUGUUCCUAAUGAAAAAGAAGAAAAAGAAGAAAAAGAAAAGAUUUUCCAAACUUGGUGGAGAUACAUGUAUCUUUGGACAAGAAACAAAGUUAUAGCUUAUCAUAUACCUUGUGAUGGUUUAGGACAUUUGCUUUUAAUUUUUCUCAAGUGCCUUUAUUGAAGUUUUGUCUUCCACAAAUUUCAAUUUAGGGCUUCCAGUAACUAGUGCUUCUCAACAGUUGAAAAGCUGAAUAUAUUUUUGAACUAUUUUAUAUUAACAUUGUUUCUGUUAACUUGAUAUUGACAUUGUAAAUGUGAUAUGAAUAUUCUUGGAUUAUUUUUGUAUAUAAAUACAUAAAAACUUUUUUUUAUGUAAUCUUGAAGGAAAUAUCUCAGAGAUUGUUUGUCAAUUUCCUUGAAAAAUAACAGUAAGUCUUUCAUACAGUCAUAUAAAAAGGUCUUUCAUGUUGUAUACCAAAACUUAAGACAUUUUAUUGGAUGAAAAUAAGACAUUUUGUUUACUUAAAACAAAUGAAAGUGAUUCUGACUGGAUAGCUUUAAUUAGAACUGUAAUAGCAAAAUCUGAUUGGAUACCUUUAUACUGUUGAUACGUUUCAUUGGACGAAGAUGGAAAACUUGAUCAACUUGGAUUCUCUUUCUGAGGAAGAAAAGAGUUUGAUUCUCAGUGUCAUUAAAAGAGAUGAAGAGCUCAAACAUGGACAAGACAGCAAAAUUGCACAACUUAAAAUUGAGAUUCAUAACCUACGCAAACAGAGUAUUCUUCGUGGUGAAGACAACUCUAACAAGAUCUGUAUACGCUGUAGAAAGCAGUUUGGAUUCUUCUUUGACACGGGUGAGAUUUGUACGCACUGCAAGUACAAAAUCUGCAACAUGUGUCGGGAAACUCUGGUGUCUGGCGGAUGGCUCUGCACUCUCUGUUACAAACAAAUGCAGCUGAAGUGGAUGACUGGGGAAUGGAUUUACGGUACCACAAAGAAAUGUCCAAGGUAUAUGCCUUCUGGCGGUGAUGUCAUCAAAGCCUCCAUUAGACGGUCUACAAGCAACAGAAAUAUUGCAAGGACUGACGACAAUGUUGAUGGUGGCGCCGGCAUUUCAAAAUCGAGUUCUGCCAUCUCGAGUAGAGACAACCUCGACAGAAUUACCUCCCCACAGGAAUCGGACAAGAUGCGGCUGUCUCACCUGUUCAGUUCUUUCAAAUCGGGGAAAGCAGACGUGCCUGAUUCAGAGGUCAGUGUUCAGCACAUUUCCUGCAGACGGCGAGUGGAUUCCGACACUGAUUCUUCUGAUGACGAGAGACCCGUGGAGAUGACCAAAGCAGCAUCCAUCCACAGCUCUGUAGCACUGUCUGAACAUGGUAACAGUUUGCCCAAACAGCAAGUAUCUUCAGAAACAGAAAGCAUGACAGAUUCACCCAGAAUUCCCAAUUCACCUAGAAUUCCCAAAAAGAAUGUUGUGGUUGAGACUAGCGUACCGUCGAUUCUAGAAAAUGGCCACUCUCUGGCAGGUGAUGACGGUUGCAUUUGUAAUGAGUUCCACGAGUUGGAGCCUGGGGAUUCUGAAGAUGGUCAGAGGGGCAGUGUGGGGAGGGGGAUCAAAGAAUGGGAAGAGAAGCUUUCCAGAAAACCUCUUUCUCCUCAUGCAUCUCCUCAUGUAUCAUACUCUGUUUCUGAACCUGAAUCUCCCCCUAGGGCCAACGUAUCUCCCUCUACCUUAGGACGUGAAUCUUCUUCCAGCACUCGGCAUGAUGGGAGUCAUUCACAUGGCAAUCAGCUGGCUGGUAACCUUGUUUCAGACGCCAGUCAUUCAGUCUCUGCUCUACAGCACUUCUCUAGUUCGGUGAACCGUAAAAGUGAUACUGAUCCUCUUGUCGAACACCACUCUUCUCCUGUCACUAAUAUUACUGCAUACACUUCUGUUCAUUCCCCAAAAGCAGAAAGUAGACACAAAACAACACAUGAAACAGCUUCUAAGGAUCUGUGUUCACUACAGGAACACAAUGAAUGCGACUACAGUAAACGACCGGUCAUUGAUGACGAGGGAGAUCCAUUUGCAGUCAGGGCUGUGAACAUUCCUGAUAUUGUCCAGCAGUACUUUGAUGCUGACAAUGACCUUUCAGACUGUCUGAGCAUCAUCACCGAAGCCACAGAACCCGAUUCUGAUGAACAGAAUGCUACAUGUAGUGACACGACUUCAACAGGAACCAUGCAUGAAGGUGACUUGGAUAAAGAAUUUGAUGAAAUUUACAGCAACAAUUUGAUAUAUGGUCAGUACCUUGAUUCAAGCCUCUCAAUGUCACUGCUUUCUACAGAUGAUGAUGUCUCAGACCCAGGAAGCCUGAUCAAGAAAUCCCAUUUUGUGAAAAAAGGAAAAAAGUCACCAAAACGAGACCGCCGUGUGAAAGACAACAAUGCUUUAAAAGAUACAACUAAUAAGAAAAACAAACCUGAGAUUAAAUCUGUUUUGGAUUCAAAAAUUAAUACACACAUUACAGGUGAGGCUAUGGUGGGUAAAUAUGUUCAGGAAGAAUGUGUCGGUCAGACAUAUGCACAGCUUUGUGUCGAUAAACAAUCUGAUACUACAAAUACUGACAUUCUAGACCAAGAAUCUGACCCAUCUCUUCAUGAUAAUUUACCUAAUCUGACUGGGGAAUUGAAGCACAGUUCUAACAGUAAAUCGACCAAAGAUACAGGAGUCGCAAAGGUGGAUGAUAAUGUUAUAUUAAAAGUAGAGAACUCAAAGAAUGCUGAAAACAGAAAUAAAGAAAUGAUUGAUGGAAAAAAUAGAGAAGAGAAACAUUCUGACAUUGGCAAGAACAAAGAAGUUGCAAAAAAUGCUUCCUGUGUGGUCAAAGAUGGUAUUCAGAGUAAUUUGAAAAAUGUAAUUGGUGAUGAUACAGAUGGUAAGGGCAUUUACCAGGAACUUAAAUAUACGUCAGAGCAAGUCCAUCAAGAAUCUACUGCACAAGACCAGAACACUCUGGAAAACCAACCAGUUACUGAUGUUCUGCAGUCUGAAACAGGUGAUGUUUCUCCUGUGAUAGCUGAUGAUCUUAAUGCAAAAUCUACAGAAAAUUCUACUUCACACCCUGAAAUUAUAGCCGCAGAGAAACAUACUCUUAAUGAGUUGGCAGUGAAUGAGGCAGCAAAUGAGUUACAAUCUGACAACAAACUUGAUACUUUAGAGUCAGUAGAAAUCAGUGCAGCUGGUUCUGUUUCUGAUAAUUCUACAACAGUUGUGAACCAUGAGACUUUACCUGCUAGAAGUGAUGCUGAGAAUUAUUUAGAAGUUGGUCCUGAUGGAGCGUCUAAUCAAAUAACACUGACUGCAGAGUCUAACAGUAUAUCACCUCCAUUCGAUCACACAAAUACUGAUUUGAAUUCUACCACCCUUUCAUCUCCUGAUGCUUGCACAGAUGCUUUUGUAGAUUCUAGCACUCUCUCUCAUACAGAGACUUGUAUUGUUGUUUCUAAUACUAAUGAAAACGGUGAUCAUGAAACUGAUAUACUAACAGAUUCUAAUACACUAACAGGUGACAAGGCAGAUUCACAAAUCCAUUCUAAUGAAAGUGCUCCAGACCAUUCUAACAAAAACACUCUAUCAGAUUCUGACACUCCUGCACCAGCACACAAUACCACUGGAUUGGCAGAUCCAGAUUCUAAUGCACAAGCAGACUGUAGCAACGAAACCACUACAGCAGUAGAUCCUUCUUUGCCUCAGCUUCUCAUCUCAUCUCAGUCUCCCUGCUCUGCAUUAGCUCCUACUGAUCAGAAUCACUCGGUGUCCACACCAGCAGAUGCCAACUGUCGGCCUGUAAUGACAGUUUCACCAGGAGAGUCUGUAGAGCAGGAGAACACCAUACAAGAUUCCAGCCUGGCUCCCCAUGUGAAGGUUACCUCGGAGACGGGGUCUGAUGAGACUGGUAGUCAUGGCGGUGACAGCGGCCACAUCAGCGGAACCUCUGCGGAGAAUACGCCAGAACACAAGCCACGCUGUCCACAGCACCUGUCAAUUCCAUCGCUGGUGUGCACAUCAGCUGACGAGAAUGACCAUGAAGAUGAUGAACACGAAGACAUUGAUGACCUGGUGUGCACGCUUCAUCCCCGAAACACACUCAGAAGUCAUCUGACCGACAGCAGAGAGAGUCUGUACAGUAUCUACAGCGAUGCCGGGGAGAUCAACUAUGGCAAGAUUCCGGUAACCGGGGAGAUCCUCUUUGGACUGGACUACAACUACAAGUCUGGUGCUCUUGAAAUAUACAUCAAACAGUGCAAAGACCUGGCGCCUGUGGAUACCAAGAGAAAUAGAUCUGAUCCUUACGUGAAGACAUACCUUCUACCUGAUAAAACAAGAAGUGGUAAACGGAAGACCAAAAUUAAAAAGCACACACUGAACCCAAAAUUUGAUGAGGUUAUUAGAUAUGUAAUAUCAAAGAGUGAGAUAGAGAAUCGUGUCCUGUGGGUGACUGUCUGGCACAAUGAUCGGUUUGGCCGGAACGACUUUCUAGGUGAGGUGAUGAUCUCACUGGAAUGUUACAAGUUCGGAGACUCUGCUCCCAGAUGGUAUCUUCUUCAGGAACGGCUGGAGCUUCCCGAAAGCUCACUGUGUUACAAGGGUGAUCUAGUGAUGUCGCUGAAGUAUGUAACUUCAGACAAGAUUGACAGUCCAUCGAAGAAAGAAAAGUCUAAGAAAAUCAAAGAAACAAGUAAAGGCGAACUGCAUGUGUUUGUCAAAGAGUCGCGCAACCUAACGGCAGUGAGGUCUAACGGCACAUCAGACCCAUUCUGUAAAGGCUAUCUGCUGCCGGAGAAGAACAAGAGCGUGAAGCAGAAGACUCCCGUUGUGAAGAGGAACUGUAGUCCCGAGUGGAAUCACAUCUUCCUGUUCGAGGACGUCAGUCUGGAGGAGCUGGCCGGUCGCAGUCUCGAGCUUACUGUCUGGGACCACGACCGCAUCACCAGCAACGACUUCCUCGGCGGGGUCCGGCUCAACCUCGGUACAGGAGCAUAUAACGGACUACCUGUGGAGUGGAUGGACGCACAUGGACAGGAGGUGUACAUAUGGAAGUCGAUGCUGGAACGACCAAACACCUGGGUCAACGUGACUGUUGGACUAAGACAUACGAUGGGCAAGAGUGAAAUAAAGAAAUGACGGAACCUUCACUGAAGUUCCACUGCCAUCUACACAGCUUGUGUUGAUCACAAGAAUCAGUUGCCUUUACACCUGAUGGUGGUUUUUCUCAUUUUUGAAUGUACGAAUUCAAAAAAGCAUUACCGUAUUCAUUUGCAUAAGUUGCAUUAUGCUGGGUUAUGAGUUAAAGACUUGAAAUUUUUAUGAAUAAUUACUGUUAUCAAAUUAAGGAUAGUGGCUAACUUUUGGGAAAAAACAACCCCACACACAAAAAAACCCUCACAAAACAAGCUUUAUGCUACAUAUUAUGCAAAGAGUCAUUUAAUAUUCUGUACAUUGUUAUUUUGGAAUAUAGUUAAUGUGCUCAGUUUCUAACAUUAAUAAAUCUGUGAAAAGAAAUUAUAAGUUUAAAAAUGUCAGUUCACAUGGGGUUCCAAUUUGUUGUCGAGUCUCAAAAGUAGAUAUAAAGGAGAUAUAAAGGAAGCUGUCUUGACAAGUGUUGCAAUUACUGAUUGUUUCACAGUAGGCUACACAUUGCAAGAAUGUUAUCAUUAGAUUUUCCUUAUUGAAAAAACACCCCCAAAAAUGAGCAUUAAAUAAGUAAAAUUAAAAUGUAAAUUGGAAUUUAAAUUCAGGAUAUGUUAUGUCAUAGUAUGAUUAAAUGAUAGAUUUAAAAAAAAAAAAAAAAAAAAUAGAUCAUUUCAGAAAAAAAGGUGAUUUGUAUCGUUACACAUGUAUUAGCAAAUUGCCAUUUAAUUUUAUUUUUUUUAAUGAAUAGGAAAAUAAAUAUAAUUGUAGAUAUGACAUUCUUGUAACUGACCCAGGUACUUGUAUUGAUACCUAAUGACUGAAUGAGAUGCUGGGACGAAUGAGAUGCUGGGACGUUGUUAAACAAACAUUAGGAUAAAAAAAUUGGCAAUUGAUUACUUAGUCCUCGUUUAUUGGAUGCCAAACAUUUGAUAAUGCCGACACAUUGUCUUCAGAGCAAACCCACAACAUUUAUCCAGUAGCAGUAGGGGAUCUAUGCAAUUUCAGAAACAAGAUAGCACAUACCACAGCUUUUGAUAUGCCAGUGGGGAAUGGGUCCACUGAGAUGGUACAGUUUUCUUCGAUCAAAGUACCUCAGGCAAAUACUCUACCGACAAUCAUUAACACAUUUGGGGCAGAUUAAAAAGAGGAUCUUCUUUAUCUGGACAAAAGGGGAACAUGUAAACUAAAAUGGCACAUUUCAUAUUUUUCAGGGGGUGGGUUGGGGAGGUACUGCCUCCAGCCCAUCCCCAAAAGUAUGACCUAAAGGUUUUCACUGUACUCUUGUUAUCUGGUUUGUAUAAUGGCUAGAUUAUCAGUUGUGUUCACGCUGCAGUAGUUACCUGAUAACAGAUGCCCGCAGGGUACUCACUCGCUCAACUGUUUAGAAAAUGUUAUGUGUGUCAUAAAUCAAAAAGAUAAAACCUGGUUGUCAUAAUAAGGCAUAAAUAUUCAUGUUGAACAUUUCUAACUAUAAAGUUAAAAGUUUGUUUUGUUAAACUGGAGCAUAUUGAUUAAUUAAUCAUCGACUAUUGGAUGUCAAACACUGGGUAUCUCUGACAUGUAGUCAUCAGAGCAAUCCUGCAACAGUU